AUGGGUUCGAUCUCAGAGACAGCCGUCUCCCCUCCGCCGCUCCCCGCAUUCGAAUCACUCCCAGAGAAGCGUGGAUGGCAGACGGAGAACAGUCGCGGCUAUAAGAUCAAGGAGCAGCUCUGCGGCACCGAGAAGCCAUUGAGGGUCGUGGCUCUGGGGGCUGGCAUCUCGGGAAUCUGCUUGGCACAUUAUCUACCACAGCAACUCCGUAACGCGUCUUUAGUGAUCUAUGAUAAGAACCCUGAAAUUGGUGGAACGUGGUAUGAGAAUCGCUACCCUGGCUGUGCCUGUGAUAUACCAUCGCACAUCUAUCAGUUCUCUUGGGCCAAAAAUCCGCACUGGUCGCAAUUCUAUUCGGAGGCCCCCGAGAUCCUACAAUACUUAAAAGACGUAGUGGAGGGGUUCAACCUCUCGGAGUACUUCCAUCUCAACCACGAGAUUCAACAGGCUUCAUGGGACGCGGAGCGUGGACACUGGGAGAUAUAUGUGAAGGACCUAUCCAGCGGGACGACGUUUGUCGACAUAUGCGAUGUGUUUAUCAACUGUGGUGGCGUCCUCAAUGCCUGGAGAUGGCCUGACGUAAAGGGACUUCAUACGUUCCAGGGCAAGCUCUGCCACACCGCCAACUACGAUGAGGACACCGAUUUGCAAGGCAAGAGGGUUGCAGUCAUUGGAAUCGGCAGUAGCGGCGUUCAGGUGAUUCCCAAGAUUGUCAACGAUGUCGCACAUUUAUAUUGCUGGGUCAGGUCUCCAACCUGGAUGACCUCUGGAUUUGCCCAAAAGUAUGCGGGCGAGAACGGGGCUAAUUUCAAAUACUCGGAAGAGCAGAAAAGGCACUUCUCCACUCACUCAGACGAGUAUCUGGACUACUGCAAGAAACUGGAGACUGAAAUCCAUCACGUCUUCAAGUCAGUCCAGGUUGGGUCACCAGAGGCUGAAGAAGCCAAGGCAUUUUCCACCAAGGAAAUGAAGAGGAAACUGGCUCAUCGCACAGAUAUCAUGGAACAGAUCAUUCCGAAAACGUUUGACGUCGGGUGCCGACGACCGACGCCGGGGAACGGAUUUUUGGAAGCCCUCACCCUGGAUAAAGUGACAACGAAUUUCGAGACACUCAGGGAGAUCACACCAAAAGGUUUCAUCGAUGAUCAGGGCAAUGAGCAGGAGGUGGACGUGAUAAUUUGCGCUACCGGGUUUGAUACAUCUUGGAUCCCCAGAUUUCCAAUUUUUGCAAACGGUCAGAACGUCCAGGAUAUCCAACGGAAAAGGCCGAUAUCUUAUCUGUCCAUGGCCAUCCCCGGGAUACCGAACUACUUCACGGUGGGCGGUCCUUAUUUUUCCUUUGGCCAUGGCUCGUUCACUACCAUGGCCGAAUUGUUCCUAGACAAUAUACUCCAGGUCCUUAAGAAGAUGCAACGAGAGAAUAUUAAAUCGAUAUCCCCGCAGCAGCAGGCCACAAACGAUUUUAUUGAGCAUGCCGACCUCUGGCUCAAGCGGACCGCGUGGGCUGGGCCCUGCGCUUCCUGGUUUAAAAACGGAAAGAUGGAUGGCCAGCUUACUAUCUUUCCAGGUUCAAGGAUGGUGCUGGCGGACCUCCUAUCGAGCCCGAGGUUUGAGGAUUAUGCCAUUGAAUAUUGGAAUACGAACAAGUUUGCCUUUCUGGGUAAUGGGUUUUCGACGAAAGAGUAUGAUGGCAGCGACGUGGCAUGGUACCUGGGGGAGCAUCAUGCAGUGCUUCCUCAUAAAUAG